GAAGUAUUAACUCAACGUUGGCAAGUGGCAACUAAUUUAGCUCCAGAGCCUUCCACAUUGUGUUUGAAAAACUGUUUUUAAUGCCUUUUUUUUUUUUUUUUUUUUAAUACACGCUUUUCACAGGUAUUCCAAUGAUAAGACAAAGAUUGCAAUGACGACGAGAGAAGUAAAACGAGGAUUGUCGACGAAAGCGGAGUUAUUAAACAACGGUAAACUAAGUUUUGCAUCAUGACGCUGCGCCACAUUGAAGUCCCAUGAAUGCAGCAUGCAAUACACAUAUCAGUCUGUGAUUGGUUGGACUGCAUCCAGAUCUGGUGGGGCACUGCCCAAUUGGCUCUAUUGGACUCUAAUGAGCUGGGACUGCAACUAAAACCCGGCAUGCGCUUGUGUUGCCCCACGUCCCCCCCGUCCCCCCCCCCCCUGCUGCUGACGUCAGCACGGCAGCACGCUUGAAAUAGGGCGGCGGAGGUGCGCGGCGCACUCAGAUGAAGACGACGAAGAGGAGGAGAGAGAAGCCCGCCACCGAGAAGAGCAAAAGAGAAGAAGCUGCAGAUAGAGGAGCUCGGAGGAUGGCGAACCACCGCUGACACUUUGGGAAUCCAAAUCACACACACACACACACACACACACACACACACACACACACACAUUAAAACACAUGCGGAGCUGCGAAGCAGACAGGAGUGUCACAUUUGGACUCUUUUUGCCUGCUUUUUUGCAUCUUUUUUGCCUCGGGAGUAAGACAGGGAAGCCGCCGAUGGGCAGCCUCGCUGUUUGGGUUGCGGUUCUGGCCGCCCUGUCGACCUGCAGCCAGGCCGCAGGGCACAAGAGAGGCGACGUGGACACAGCUAGCAUCCCGCAGACAUCCUUGGAAGCGCCAUCCAUGGACAGGGUCGAGGCGGCCAGGAGCAUCGAUCAAACCGUCUCUGAACCGGACAGCGCCCCCUGCCGGAGGACUUACUGCGGCCGCGGCCGCCAGUGCGUGCUGAUGGCGGCGACCGGUCGCGCGGAGUGCGUGUGCCAGGAGAAAUGCCGUCCGUCUUUCGUGCCGGUGUGCGGCUCGGACGGCCGCUUCUACGAGAACCAUUGCGAGGUUUACCGCACCGCCUGUGUGGAGAGGAGGCGUGUGUACGUGGUGCACAGCAAAGACUGCUUCUUCAAAGGUAACGCAUGCACCAUGUCGGAGUACAACCGUCUGAAGAGCUUGCUGCUGGACAUUAAAACCACCCCUGGGAGCCCUGAAACCGAACGCAACCAGCAAAGGGACAUGGAGACUAGGCGGGCGCUGGUGGACACCAUGUUCAAAUACCUGGACGUGGACCAGGACGGACGACUGGUUGGCGAGGAACUGGAGAAGAUCUCCAUGAAAGAGCACUUGGACGACGCCUUGUUGCAUUGCACCAUGCAGGACCUGCUGCGCUACGACGACUACAACAACGACGGACACCUCAGCCUGCACGAGUUCUACACCGCCUUCCAGGUGGUCCAGCUGAGCCUGGCGGAGGACCAGUGGGUCAGCGUCUCGGCAGUGACGGUGGGCCUGAGCGCCGUGCUCACCUGCGCCAUCCAGGGGACCCUGCGGCCGCCCGUCAUCUGGAAGAGGAACGGCGUGGUUCUCAACUUCCUGGACCUAGAGGAUAUCAAUGACUUUGGGGAUGACGGCUCGCUGUACAUCACCAAGGUGACGACCAUUCACAUGGGGAACUACAGUUGCCAUGCCUACGGAUACGAGGACCUCCACCAGACGCACGUGCUGCAGGUCAACGUGCCUCCGGUGAUCCUGGUGUACCCGGAGACGCAGGCCCAGGAGCCCGGCGUGUCUGCCAGCCUGCACUGCCACGCCGACGGCAUCCCCGAUCCCAAGCUGGUGUGGCUGAAGAACGGCGUGGAGCUGCAGCUGCGCUCUGCCAAGCAACUUUCUCUCAAAGCUAACGGCAGCGAGCUGUUCAUCGGCAGCGUCCGCUACGAGGACACUGGCGCCUACACCUGCAUCGCCAAGAAUGAGGUGGGCGUGGACGAGGAUAUCUCUUCGCUGUUUGUUGAGGACUCCGCCAAGAAGACGCUUGCAAAUAUUCUGUGGCGAGAGGAAGGUCUGAGCGUGGGCAACAUGUUCUACGUGUUUUCCGACGAGGGCAUCACGCUGUUGCAGCCCAGCCAGUGCGAGAUCCGCCGGCAAAUCAAGCGCACCGACAGGAUCGUCGCCACAUACGAGGAGAUGUGCCCCAAAGGCGAGGGUCCGUCACCCCAGCGCUGCGUGUGGUCGUCGGCGGUCAACGUCCGCGAGAAGUACGUCUACGUAAGCCAGCCCCUCCAGAGCCGACUCCUGGUGGUGGACAUCCAAGCACAGCGGGUGGUGCAGGCAGUAGCCACAGAUCCGUUUCCUGUGAAGAUGCUCUACGACAAGUCACAUGACCAAGUGUGGGUGCUAACGUGGGGCGACAUGGACCGCACGCACCCAACAUUGCAGGUAAUUCCUCAAGCCAGCGUGGGUGAAGUCCAUCACGCCGUCCGCACCUCCUUCCAGCGUGUCAGCGACUUCUUCAUCCCGCCAACCAACCUCAUCAUCACUCACGUGAGGUUCGCCUUUGUCUUCCUCCAAGACGAGCCGGCGCUGCACAAGGUGGACCUGGAGACCUUCCGGCGCGUCAAGACCAUCAGCCUGAAGGACCACAGCUGCGUGCCAGCCAGCAUGGCCUACACGCAUCUGAGCGGCGUCUACUUCGUCCAGUGCCGGGGCGGAAAAGCCCAGCUCCUGGUGGACGCGGUGACCGAUGCGGUGGUGGGCCCCAACCGCGACGUCACCGGCCGGGCUUUCGUGUCGCCGGACAGCCGCUUCAUCGUGACGCCCGGCGGUGGGGGCGGCGGCGCUCGGCUGACGGUGCAAACUGUCUCCUUCCAGGGAGAGAUGCGCAUCCGACAGGAAGUCGAGGACCCCGUCGCCGCCUCGGACCUGGUCUUCCAGCCCUCCUUCAUCACGGCCAACAAAUACGUGGCGGUGGCCGCCUCGGACUCUUCUGCAGACUUGCUCUUCGCCGACCUGUCCUCGGGACACACCGAGGUCCUCCGGGGCCUCAAGGAGCCGCUGGGCCCUCGCAGCUGGCCCUGGGGGGCGCCUUAUCGGGUGGUGGUCUCCAGCGGCCCGUUCGGACAGUACCUCCUGACGCCGUCGGCCGAGUCCCUCUUCGUCCUGAACGGCAAGCAAAGAACGCCGCACUGCGAGGUGUCGGACGUCACGAGGGGCAAUACCGUGGUCUGGGUUGGCGAGGUAUGAGUAAAAAAAAUACAAAAAUAAAAACAAGAGUAUCAGUAGGACUUAACUAAAAA